AUGUCUCGAUCAUUCCAGUCAAGUUUCGAUCACUCACGCCCAUCAAGAAAUCGUACUCUGUUUGAUGGCCUCACUUUCUACGUUCAACAGAUACUCGUCAACAAGGCUUAUCGCCCAUUCGAGCUGGACGCUUUGAGGGAAAUCAAGGAGAGCAUCAAACACUCUAUUCUGGAACAUGGAGGAAGGCUAUCUAAUUCGCCAGCUGAUCCACAUGUAUCCCACAUCAUUUUAUUGUCAACAAGAAGUUGGCCAAAGGAUUAUGUGUUGAAUCUACAAAGGUCAAACUCAACAACAUAUGAACCAGCUUGGCUGGAUAGAAACGGUUGGGCGACAUACAACUUAGUAGCAAAUUUUGGGGGUAUCAUCAAUGCGUCAGGAGAGGAAGUUUGGUCAAGGCAUAAAGUUGUACUUGGAAAAGAAUGGAUAAUGGACUGUGUUGCGAGGAAUAGAGUUUUAGAAGAAAGGUCAAACUGGGGUGGGUGGAGAAUCAGAGGAAGGUAUACGGAUGAUUCAUCUUCGACAAUCAGACCUCCGGACUUCUCUCCCGCAUGGUUCUCUCGGCUGGAUAGGCGCUCAUACAAUCCAGCUCCAGAUACAGAAGGACCUGCAACCACAUGGGCGGAAAGGUUUCCAUCUGGUUGCGAAGACGGAUCUCUGUAUAGAUACCUUCCAAUCGUCACCGAAACGUCCAACUCAGUAGCCUCUGUCAAAGACCAAGUACCUGCCAAUGGAAGCUCAACCAGGAGAACACUUCCUUCUACCUCUACGGUCCAUACAAGCUCUAACUCAGUCACUGACACCCUCAAUACCACCGUUCAAGAACCUCCUGUCCGAUCAUCCACCAACGACAGACUUAUAUCUCCCCCAUAUUCUUCGGAAGGUAACAUCAUUCCUCAUCCUGCUCAGCAAGACGAUGAACCAUCAUCGUUUUCAGUAGGAAGCUGUCAAUUGAGUUUAUCAGAUAAAGAAUCCAGAGCUCGAAGUCCUUUAUUCACUCCAGCACCGUCUCCGGACGAGACUAGUAAUAUAGGCGUUGAAGUCUCGGGCAAUGAUAGUGAUUUGGACUGCCUGAACUCCGAUGACGAAGCGGAAGGACAUGAUGAGAGUGCAAUGGAGUCUGAUCGAGAUGCGGACACUCUUGACGGACCUUCCUCUACUGUGGUCCUCACGCCGAAGAGGAAGGAGCACACCCUUGACCUUUCUCUGAACCUCGGCUAUCACCAGUCGCCAGUGCAGGAUCAUCUCCCGCCAACACCAGUUUCAGCUAGCCCCUUUUCCGCCAGACCCUCAAUCACUCACCAUGCUUUCCCAUUCCCACAAAGGUCCGUUUCCCAGCCUACCGCUUCCAUAAUUCAGGAGUAUAGGAGAGUCCAACGAGAAAAUCUCUCUCCGAUCACCAAGAAAAGAUCCACUUCCAUGCCUGACAAGUCUACCAAGCGCAUGAAGCCCAACCAAUCACAAGCAUUUGGUAUCAUCGCUCGACAGUUCGUAGCUCAUCCUGAAGCUCCCCAGUCCCUUCUUUGGGCUGAGUUAGAAACCAAGUACGAUGGUAGAAAAGCUUCUGGGUGGGCAAGUCUUUUUCAAAGACACCGUACUUCCAUUGAGAAGAUUCAGCUCGAUAUUAUCAGAAAUAUCUCGUAG